UAGGAAUUGGUGUGUCUAUAAAUGUAGGAAUUGGGAGUGCUAAAUUUCACAAUCCAUAUCAAUCUAGUUCUAUACUAUUCAGUGUGUGUGAUGAUAAUGAAGAAUUUGAAAGCGAUGAUGUUGGUGGUGUGUGUGGUGUUGCAGGUUGUUAAUGGAGAACACGAAAUGAGAUGCGUUCCAAAGGAGAGGGAAGCACUCCUUCAAUUCAAGGCUGCCAUUGACGAUCGUUACGGCAUGCUCUCUUCUUGGACCACUCCCGACUGUUGCCGGUGGGAGGGGAUUCGGUGCAGCAACCUCACCGGCCACAUUCUAAGCCUCGAUCUUCACGGCGAAUAUUGGAACUUCCCUCCACGUUAUAUGAGCGGAGAGAUCCACAAGUCACUGAUGGAGUUGCCACAAUUACAGUAUCUCAAUCUCAGUUCCAAUUAUUUUCCACACACUCCCAUUCCAGACUUUCUUGCUUCUCUCACAAACUUGAGAUAUCUUGAUCUCUCCUCAUCUCAAUUUGCCGGAAAAAUUCCAAGUGAGUUAGCCUCUCUUUCUCGUUUGAAAUAUUUGAAUCUUUCCUCAAAUUAUUAUUUGGAGGGUUCAAUCCCUCAUCAACUUGGAAAUCUCUCUCAGUUACAGUAUCUUGAUCUCAGUGGGAAUUCUUUUGAGGGAUACAUACCUUCCCAAUUUGGAAACCUUUCAAAUUUGCGUAAGCUUUAUCUUGGAGGAUAUGAUAGCGCUCUCAAAAUUGUCCCCGCUGAUCAGUGGCUAUCUAAUCUUGUUUCUUUAACUCAUCUUUCCUUAGAAUCCAUAUAUAAUUUGGACAGUUCUCCUAGCUCGCUUCGAAUGAUCGCUAAGUUACCAAAACUAAGAGAACUGAUUUUAAUUAACUGUGGUCUUUCCGAUCAUUUUCUCAUCUCAUUCAACCCUUCCAACUUCAACUUUUCUAUUUCCCUCUCUGUCCUUCAUCUUUCUCAAAACUCUUUCACAGAACCGAUGAUAUUCCACUGGGUGUCAAACACUACUUCUAAUCUUGUUGAGCUUGACCUUAGUUCGAACCUCUUGGAGGGUUCCUACAUAUCGUUUUGGUUUCGCCAUGACUUCGCUUGAACACCUUGAUCUCUCCUAUAAUGUAUUGAAGGGUGAAGAUUUGAAAUCGUUCAUGAAUAUAUGCACCCUACAUUCUUUAGACAUGUCUGGAAACAAUAUAACCGAAGACCUUUCGUUAGUUCUUCGUGAUUUGUCCAAUGGUUGUGCUAAAUACUCGCUACAAGAGUUGAAUUUGGCAGUUAAUCAGAUCACAGGCUCUGUAUAUGACCUUUCAGCAUUCUCAUCUUUAAAAACAUUAGAUCUUUCUAGAAAUCAAUUGAGUGGGAAGAUACCUGAAGGCAUCAGAUUGCCAUCUCAGUUGCAACAAUUGUCAAUUGAGGCUAACUCUUUAGAAGGAGGUGUUCGAAAUCGUUUAGAAGCACAUGUACUUUGGAAUCAUUGGAUUUGUCUCAUAAUAAGUUGAGUGAAGAUUUGACAGUCAUAUUUAAUCAUUUGUCUGGAUGUUCUAGAUAUUCAUUGAGAGAAUUAUAUCUCCGUCAAAAUAAAUUCAAUGGCACGCUGCCUGAUUUCUCAAUGUUUUCAAAGUUGGAAAUGUUGGAUCUAUCACAUAAUCAAUUAAAGGAUGGAGUUCCAAAAUUACUUCACAAUGCUACUAUUUUGCAUACAUUGGACCUAUCAAAUAACAGUCUAAGUGAAAAGCUUCCAACAAUAAUCCAUCACUUAUCUGGAUAUGUUGGAUACUCAUUACAACAUUUAGAUCUCAGCAUGAAUCAAAUAAGUGGCACUUUACCCAAUACCCUCUCAUUGUUCCCAUCAUUAAAAAUAUUAUACCUUCAAAAUAACAAGCUAAAUGGGACAAUUUCUAAAGAUCUUCGAUUUCCAACUAAUCUUCAGGAGCUACAUUUGAUGUCAAACUCUUUAAAAGGUGUGAUAACUGACUCUCAUUUUUAUAAUAUGUCAAAGUUACAGACGUUGAAGUUAUCAGAUAACUCACUAGCUUUAGAAGUUAGUCAAGAUUGGCAUCCACCUUUUCAACUGUAUACUAUUGAAUUGAGAUCUUGCAAGUUAGGUCCAUCGUUUCCCAAAUGGUUACAAACACAAAACCUAUUUAACACUCUUGACAUUUCAAAUAGUGGAAUAUCAGAUAUUGUUCCAAAAUGGUUCUGGACUAAAUUAGCAUUACAAGAAUGGAUUAGAGUCAAUAUUUCAUGCAAUAAUUUACAAGGUAUGAUUCCAAAUUUUCCACUAGAGAAUCAUUAUUAUUUCCUUAGUCUUGCAUCAAAUCAAUUUGGAGGUCCUGUUUCACCAUUUUUACUAGGCUCGUCGAAUCUUAACCUAUCUAACAAUAAAUUCACAGAUUCUCUUUGGUUCUUAUGUUCUGAUGAUGUAGGUGAAACUUUAUACCAGUUAGACCUUUCAAAUAAUAAGUUUUCUGGAGAAAUUCCAAAUUGUUGGACCCAUUUGAAGUCAUUGGCUUAUUUAGAUAUGAGUCAUAAUAAAUUUGUAGGAAAGAUUCCUACUUCAAUGGGAUCACUCCUUGAAAUUCAAGUAUUGUUAUUGAGAAACAAUAACUUAACUGGUGAGAUCCCUUCCUCCUUGAAGAAUUGCACAAAGUUAGUAAUGUUAGAUGUGACAAAAAAUAGAUUAGUAGGAUCUAUCCCAACUUGGAUUGGAAGCAAAUUAUCAGAGUUGCAAUUUUUACUCAUAGGAAGCAAUCACUUCUAUGGAAGUUUUCCAUUGCAAAUUUGUUAUCUAAAAAGCAUCCAACUCUUGGAUUUCUCACUAAACAACCUAUUUGGACAAAUUCCUAGAUGCAUAAAAAACUUCUCUUCAAUAGCUCAAAUGACUUAUUUGAGAGAUUAUCAAGGCCUUUGGUAUUCUGUACACAAUAGUUAUUCCAGAGGUAUCCAAUCAUUCAAUUUGAAUGCAUUCUUGAUGUGGAAAGGUUUCGAGCAAGUGUUUACAAAUGGUGGAUUAUCACUUUUAAAAAGCAUUGAUCUCUCCAACAAUCAAUUUUCAGGCGAAAUUCCAAAAGAAAUUGAGGAUUUAUUUGAUUUGAUUUCACUAAAUUUAUCAAGAAAUAAUUUGAUAGGGGGAAUUCCUUCAGAUAUCGGAAAGUUAGCAUCACUGGAAUUUCUUGAUUUGUCAAGAAACCAACUUGUUGGAUUAAUUCCAUCGAGUCUUGCUCAAAUUGAUCGACUGAGUGCAUUGGAUUUGUCACACAAUCAUUUAUCUGGAAAAAUUUCAACUGGCACACAAUUACAGAGUUUUGAUGCAUCAAAAUAUGAAGAUAAUGCUAAUCUUUGUGGAUCACCAUUAAAGAAAUUGUGUAUUGAUAAAGUGUCAACACAAGAACCAUUUGUUAAACUUCAAGGGGGUGACAAUUUGGUUUUCAAUUAUGAAUUUUAUAUAAGUAUGACAAUUGGAUUUGCAAUAGGCUUUUGGGGAAUAUUUGGCUCAAUCUUAAUGAUACCUUCUUGGAGACAUGCAUAUUUCAAGUUCUUGAGUAAUUUAGGAGACACUCUUUAUGUUAUGACAGUAAAGAAAAGUUUCAAGCACUGAUAGAGAACAUAACA